AUGCCCCGCUGGAGUUCCGCGCUCCUGCCAACGCUGGCGCUCGCCGCGCUUGCACCCACGCAAGUGCGCGCUGCCGCCGCCGACCAAAUGGACUUCGCUGCCUGUCCGGUCCGCCACAGCCCCGAAUACCACUGCUGCGAGUACUCGGAGACCACCAAGGUGCUCUACACCAAGUACAACCGGCCGUCGGGCGGAGACUACGAGUCGUACUACGUGGACGGCUGGAACAAGCAGCGCCAAGUCAACUUCCCGUACACCAUGUACCACCCGACUACACAGGAGUUCUACUACAACGAGCCGAGCUCGGUGUGCCGAGUGCAGGCUGUGGCCAACACGGAGACGGGGGAGUUAACGGAGCAGUUGCAGUGCGCCGACACGAACUCGUCGCUGGCCGAGGACUCGCAGGACAGCGCCGUCUUCUGGACGUACGCUGCCAACGUGCGCAAUAACAACGCGUCGUUCCCUGCGGGCGCCAAGUGCUACAGCAUCAUGCAGCGUGACGGCACUGUUGACGAGGACCUGAAGAACGCCUGUACGUCUACAUCCACGACGUCGACGCCUCGCUUCACGACCUUCACGGAGACCCCGCUCGUCAUCAUCUACCUGCUGUACCUGGCAUUUUUCAUCAUCCUCGGAAGCUGGGCGUUCUUCAAAAGUAUCAAGCAGAAGGGCAACAAGUCGGUGAACGAGAUGAACAAGAAGCUGAUCGCGACGCCACAGACGCCGUCGAGGGCCGUCGCCGGCAACGCCAACGGCCGUCACACGAGCGUCCGCGCUUCGGACACGCGCAUGCAAAUUGAAGCGGCCGAAGGAAUUCUGCAGACCGGGUUCUCCAACUCGCGCCUGGGAUCGUUCGUCUUCGGCUGCGUGGUCGUGGCGUCCCUCGCGUUGAACGUGCUUCUCAUCAUCAUCAUCGCCGACUACUACGGCAACUUCGACCCGCCGCUUUUCGACAUCACGGAAGACAACGCGCUCGUGUUCAUCAUCGUCUGGGUCAUCACGUCCAUUUGGUUCGUAGUCAUCGUGGCGAUGCAGGACAGCAUCUUCAACUUCUUCCGCCUCCGCGUGCCGCUCGACGAAUGCGAAUUCGUCUACAUGCUAAAGCGCGAUGACACCGAGGUACUCCUUGCUGACCGCUCGGGUGUGUCCGACUUCGUGGCUAAAAUCGAGGGCUUCUUCGCGUCCAAGGGCAAGAUCAGCGGCUACCGCACCACGGUUCCCGUGGUUGAAGUGGAUGGGCUGCGCAUUGUGGAGUUCCAGCACCUGCGCUACGUGUACGAGGAGACCGAACAGCGCUUCGUCCCUGGAGCUGUGGCGCUCGGACGCACGUACAACGACAUGCUGCAAGAGGCCAGCGGCCUGUCGGACUCGGAGGCCAAGCACCGCAUCAACACGGUGGGCCGCAACUCGGUGGACGUCGAGAUGCCGUCGCUGCCGGUGUCCAUGGCGCACGAGUUCUUCACGCUCUUCUACAUCUACCAGAUCAUGUGCUACUACGUCUGGUACUACUUCACGUACUGGAACAUGGGCAUCGUCAUGACGGUCGUGGUACUGGGCGCGGCCGUGGUCAACAUCUACACGCAGCGGCAGAUUCAGUCGUCCAUCGUGCAGAUGACCCGCUACCGCACGGAUGUGACGGUGUUCCGCGACGGUGAGUGGCGCGUGUUGUCCUCGCCCGAGAUCGCUCCGGGCGACCUCGUCAAGGUGUCGGAGAACUGGGUGGUGCCGUGCGAUAUGGCCAUCGUCAAGGGCACGACGGUGUGUGACGAGUCGAUGCUGACGGGCGAGUCGAUGCCUGUGCAGAAGUUCCCGAUCCCGGAGCGCAGCACGGAGGUGUACGACCCGGAGAAGAGCAGCAAGAAGCACACGCUGUUCGCCGGCACGCGCGUGCUGUCCUCGGGCCGCAACGAGGAGAUCCUGGCCAUCGUGCAGACGACGGGAGCUCACACGACCAAGGGCCAGUUGAUCCAGUCCAUCCUGUUCCCGAUCCCCAUGCGCUUCAAGUACAACGAGCACCUCAAGAUGCUGAUCUCGCUUCUGCUGAUCUACGCCGUCAUCGCCUGUAUCCUUGUCAUCAACUUCCUGCUGAGCAACGGCAAGCUCAGCAACCGCUACGCCGCCUUCUGCUACGCCAUUUUCGUGCUCUCGUGCGUCAUCAGUCCGCUUUUGCCCGUGGUCAUUACGGUGGGCCAAGUAAACGCUUCGCAGCGCCUCGAGAAGCAAGGCAUCUUCUCUCUCAACGUCCAGCGGAUCACGCUCUGCGGUAAGGUGCGCAUCUUCUGCUUCGACAAGACUGGCACGCUUACCAAGCAGGGCCUCGACUUCCUCGGCGUGCAGCCCGUCAAGGACUGCAGGUUCACGCCGAUCGUGAACGACGUCAAGGACGCGCCGUCGGCCGAAGAGCUGCUGUACGCGCUGUCGACGUGCCACUCGGUCGGGUCGCUCGAGGACCGCCUGGUAGGCAACGAGGUGGAGGUGCGCAUGUUCACGGCGACGGGCUGGGAGCUGGUGGAGAAGGAGGGCGAGCAGCCGUGCGUCAGGUCCAAGGUGGACCCGGGUCUCGAGCUCGAGUUCGUCAAGCGCUACGACUUCGACCACCACCGCAUGUCCAUGAGCGUGGUGGUGCGCAACCGCAGGAGUGGCAAGUACUACGUGUUCUGCAAGGGCUCGUACGAGCGCAUGCAGCAGCUGAGCUCGGCGGCCAGCGUGCCCGGCGACUACAAGAGCGUGGCCGACCGGCUCGCCAAGGACGGGUGCUACGUGCUGGGUCUGUCGUACCGCGAGCUGCCGAGCGACUGGACGCACGAGCAAGUGGUGGCGUUCGCCGGCAACCGCGAGGCCGUGGACGAGAACCUGUCGCUGCUGGGGCUCAUCCUGUUCCGCAACGAACUCAAGGACGACACGGCCGACGCCAUCGCCAAGCUCAAGGGUGGCGACAUCCGCACCGUCAUGAUCACGGGCGACAACGCCAUGUGCGGCUGCUACAUCGCGCGCCAGAGCGGCAUGGUGGACUCGAGCUCGCGCGUGAUCCUGGGCGAGAUGGUGUCGACGAAGGAGGCCAAGAAGCUAGUCUGGCGCGACGUGGACUCGGAGGAGGAGUACGACCUGGCGGGCGUCAAGCACCUGGUCGCGCAGGGCGAGGACGUGGAGCUGGCCGUCACGGGCGUGGCGUUCGACUACCUGGUGGCCAUGGGCGAGAUCAAGGGCCUGCUGCUCAACAUCCGCAUCUUCAGCCGCAUGACGCCCGCCGGCGUCAAGCUGCAUAUGGAGACGGGAGCGGUCACGGGCAUGUGCAGCGAGGGCGGCAACGACUGCGGUGCGCUGCGUUUCGCGCACGCGGGCGUGGCUCUCAGUGACGCGGAGGCGUCGGUGGUGUCGCCGGGAGAAGACGAUUCAUUCCUCAUCAUUUAUGGCUUGAUCGGGUCGGUCAUGUGGUGUUUCCAGGCCUACCACAACGUUGUUAUCUCUCAGUGGUGCUGGAUUCUAACGGACGGGUUUUCGCUACUGGGGUGCUCAUACAUGAUGACGCUGUCGAAGCCGCUCGAUGAACUGAAGGCUGUGCGUCCGACGUCCAGCUUGAUGGGACCCACUACCCUGUUCUCUCUAUUCGGCCAACAGGUUAUCAACGUCCUCUUCCUGUCCUGCGGCGUCCAUAUGCUUUCCAGCGAGGUUUGGUACUGUCCGUUCUCGCCUGAGAACAUCGAUAUGGCCAAGUGGUGGUUGCUGGGGGACAACCAUCUCUCCACUCUCUUCUUCUUCACGAUCAUCUUCCAGCAGCACACGGCCGGGUGGGUCUUCAGCUUCGGUUCGCGGUAUCGCCAAGCGAUCUGGAAGAACUACCUGCUCAUGGCGUUCUUCGCGGCUGCCGCGACUCUCGAUCUCUACCUGCUACUAGGCGAACCUAGCGCCUUCACGGAUCAGUUCCGCAUCUCGAGCAGUCCCAACGUCGUGGGGCUUCCGGACAUCCCCAUGCCCAAGAGCUUCCGUCUCAAGUACCUCGGUAUCCUCUUGGGCAACGUCGCCACCUCCAUCGUGUUUGAGAGCUUUGUCGUUCUCAGCCCCGUACGCUCGUUCUUCCGCAAGAAGUACCACACCGAUGCGAUCCCGAUGCGGAGGUGA